GCUUCAAAACAUAAAAAUGAAAUUUUUAUUAAUAAUGAGUGUUAUAACAUUUCAUUUUCCAUGGUACAUUUCUUGCAACUCACCAGAACCACUUCAGGCAAAUGUAAUCGAAUCCGUAAAUUCUGCAACGGAAAAAAGGACACCCAAGUCUCCAGAAACAAAUCCUCCAGUAAACUCUUCAACUGAAGGUACAUCUCUGCCCCUAGAAACAAACCACCUACCAUCAUCACCUCCACUGUUAGAUCUACCAUCAUCACCUCCAGAGAGAGAAACAAACAAGCCUUCCCCUACCAACAGGCAAUUAUUUAUUGCAGCUUCUAUAUUACCCGGCAUCUCCUAUUUGUCAUGGCUUACAAACAUUUGGUCAUUAGUAAAAUCAUGGCUUAUAAAACCCAUUGAAGCUAUAUUUAGAUUGAUAUAAAGGUGAAACAGUUUACGUUUCAAAAGCCUCUUUACGUUCCAAAUUGAAAACUGGAUAAAUAUAAGCAAUAAAGACUUCUACUUUUUUUUUUUUAAUUUUAAUA